AUGAGCCCUAUAAAUAGCCUCUGGUUCAAGUGGAAAAGCCUGAAGCUUCCCUGGCGCAGGACCUUUCUUGCAGGAAGUGAUCUGGCGGGAAACACUUUUUGGGAGUUUAAGGAUGCUCUCAAUGCAAAACGACUCCGGCGAAUCGUGAAAUUCAAUCCGAAAACGCACCUUGCUGAUGUGAAGGUCUCCCCACAAUGGCAUCAAUGGCUUCGGCAUGUUCGGGAAGAACCACCAACGAUACAAGAGCAACAAAACGAUCUCCUCCGUCAAGAACGCAUGAAAUAUCUCGCCAGGCUCGCAGAUGAGCGAUGGGCUAGCAAGCCGUCAUUCCUUGAUAAACCACAGGAACAUCAGUUGGGCCCUGCGAUGCAAUCCUUCCAAGAGUUGCAUCACUCUAACGCCUCCCCACCUAACAGAACGGAAACCGUGCGCGGCCCAGAUGAGUCAGGGGCGGAGUUUAAAAAUCAAGAUGUAAAGGAGAAGGCCCCUUGGGUGCGACAAACCGGUGGGCCAAGCGAGCAGUGGCAACCUGAAUCGUGGACACCAACUUUGAAAGGCAGAUAG